GUCAUUUCUAACGGGAAGAUGCCUCAGAACGGCGUGGAUAGCCCCAACACCCAGACAGGAACCAUCGCCGGCGGACUCACGGACCGGGAGCAGGACACGGGGUCAAAGGUCACCAGUCGUGACGUCAACAUGUCCAUACAGAACUCGCCUAACCGGACAGACAACAGCAACAGCCCGGCUGCGGCUAAUGACGAACGUCGCAAAUAUUUCCCCGUCACAUUUAUCGGCAGUAUUUUGUGGAUAGGUGGCUUUUCCUACUGCAUGGUUUGGUGGGCAAACCGGACUGGGGAAACGAUCGGCAUCAAUGAUGAGGUGAUGGGUCUAACUAUUCUGGCGGCGGGCACCAGCAUUCCUGACCUCAUCACUAGUGUCAUUGUGGCAAAGAAAGGAUUUGGAGACAUGGCUGUAUCGAGUUCUGUGGGCAGUAAUAUCUUUGAUAUCACCGUAGG